AUGGCCAACCCAAACGAUCCACCUCUGGACGAGAUCCAAUGGCGCGCACCAGACAUCGCGGCCUCGAUGCAGGGCAUUCACUCAAACAGUGUGCUCUUCUAUUUCGCCGAGUCGCCCUUCUUCGACCGCCAGUCCAACAACGCCGUUAUCACGAACCAAGCCAUGUUCAACCCGGCGCUUCUCAAGAACCUGGCCACUCGCGAGGCCUUUGAGGGCGAACUCGACAAGAUGAGCGGGCUUGAAUUUCGGGUGCUCCACGCACCCACCGACAUGGUUACCGGCACGGGCGUAUGGACCAUUGUGAAGCAGACGCGGCAGAAGAACCCGGAGAGGAACAGGAUGGAGACGAAGCCGUUGGCGUACUACUUCGUGGUGGGGGAGAACAUUUACCAGGCGCCGACUCUGGGUGAUAUUCUCAGUUCGAGGAUCGAAUCGAUAGCAGAGGCAAUGCGCAAAGUCCUCCCCGCUACCGACAGCGUACGGAAGUGGACACCCUCUCUCGGGCACGUCUACACCCAACCGACGCCCUCCGCGCUUUCAAAGACUAAAGAGGACGCCACCAGCACGCCGAUGCCCGACGGUAGCACAUCCAACGGCGGCUCCUCUGCCAAAGCCACCAACAUUAGUAAAAAGGAAACGACAGCUAUGGCGCUGGAUAGGCUGGCGGAAGAGUCCUUUGCGAUUCACAUGCGCCACGGCGGGGACUACUUUGACGAGAACCCCAUCACGGGCAGGCCCGGCGACUUCCACUUCGCCAGCACCGGCCGCAAAGACAACAGCAAGAUCGCGCCGCCUCCGCCUCCGCCGGCGCAGGCUCAAAAGCCGCAGAAGCCCGGGAUCAACACGAAACUUGCGGAAGAUGCCAAGAAGGACGGCAAGGGCGAGAAGAGCCCCAAGACGCCGAGCAUGCCGAAGCCCAAGAGGAAGAAGAGCAAGAUUGCGACGCCGGCGGCGACGCCUGCUCCUUCGCAGUGA